CGUAGGAAUUCAGGAAAGGAAGACAUCAUUGUCAGUGGGGCCAACUGCCAAUUGGAUGAGUGGGGACGGCAAACGUGGACCAGUAGUCCUCUGUGGCUUAGUUCAGCUUUUCCCCUUUAGAAGCCUCCUUUGUUUCCUGUCCGUGUUGUGUUAUCCUGCUCUUCUUCCAUGUUCCAAUUCCAUUCCUUUUACAAAUUUUCUUUUCUUUCACUGUCUCGAGCAUUCUGUUCCCUCUUCACCCCUUCUUAUUACAAAGUAGAAAAUACCCAUUUCCUCUUUUAAUUUUCUUUUGGUUUUGAGAGCUUGAAAAAUGUUAUAUUGUGGAAGGAAUGCAUCAAGAUCUCUUUCUUUGCUCAUUAUUGCUCCACAUUAUGUUUUUUUUUUUUAUUAUUUUCCCUUUGCUUAGUGGUUCCAAUGAUCACAGUCCCACAUUGCAGCAUUUGCACUGAAUAAUGCCAGCUUUAGACUCUCCAAGGAUCUUGCAUCCCACAUUUCUCCAUUUCACGCAUUGUCUUCUCACCAUUCACUAUGAAAUUUGGCUCUAAACAAAAUGAUUUGGCUUCAUCCCCUGGGAAAAGUUUAAAUGGAAGUUUCAGAAAGUUUACAUCUGGUUUUCUGCGAAAUGAUUUGGACUCCUCUCCAGGGCAAAGCUUAGAUGGAAGUUUCAGAAAAUCUAAUUCUGUUAUCUCCACCCAUAGUGUUUCUGGAAUUUCAUCUUCAAGCAAGUUCUUUCCGACUUCAAGAAGAGUCUACAAGGCACUGAAGGACUGUGGAAGGAAACUUGUUGACCAGGAGUUAUUUAAACAGAAUCUUGAGGAUUGGGUUUUGGAAAAUUCUUGUGUGGAGCAUGUUCCAGGGGAGCAGUCUUUUUUUAGGUCCCCAUUUCUGAUUGAUGAACUGCGCAAGCUUGAUUUAGCAUUGGAAGGUGUUCUGUUUCAGCAACUGUACCGUAUGCCAUGUUCUCCGUAUGCUUCUAAAGCUUUGAAGGAAGAUGAGUAUCUUGCUUUGGAAGACUUUCUUCAUACUAUAGUAAAUGGCCUCUGGCGUACAUUUUGGCGUAAAAGCGGACCAUUACCAUUCUUUUUGUCUUGUUCCCAUCAUCCUAAAUCUAAGUUUUAUGCUGUUGAGAAGGCAAUAUCAAGAGGAAGGCUAGAAGAGCUACGUGGUUUAGCUUUAAUAUCUAAAAUUGGGAGUGAUCUAAAAGUUCAUUGGGAUCAAGUAGUGCAGUUUGCCUUGUUUAGACAAGAUAUACUAUCAGGAAAUGAGUUAAGAUUGUCAACUAGCAGUAUAUGUGAAGCCCUAUUUUAUGGUGUUCAUAUACUCAUUUCUAGGAGUUUGAGCAAGUCCAGAACCAUUGAGAGUGAUUCUGUUUUUCUUAUGGUUUUUGAUUCUAAAUUUGGUGCAGUGGUAAAACUUGGAGGUGAUCUUGGUAAACUUGAGUUGAAUACAGCUGAUCCAUACCAGUCUGUGGUCCAAUGGAUAAAGUGUCAUGCUGAAGUCUUUGUUUCAUCAGUGGACAGAAUAUGGAAUAAGCUUGGGAAUGCAAAUUGGAGGGACCUGGGGACUCUUCAAGUACUUUUAGCUACUUUUUAUUCCAUAAUCCAGUGGAAUGGACCCCCAAGAAAGUCAAUAGCCUCAUUGGCCUCAAAUCAUAGCCUUCGUCUUCAGAAGCGUAGAAUAGAAUGCCGCCUAGCUGAGAAUGAAAAUGCUCUAGUACCUUACCAACAGGCUGGCUUUCAACAUGGAGAGAUUGUUGAACUUGAUCAUAGUGAUAAUCACCCAGUAAAGAAUUCAUCACGCCUGAAGCUUAAGCAGGGCGAGAUAUUAUUAUUGGAGGAUCAACAGCAGGGCCAGAAAAGUUUCCAGAUACAAGAGUCCUUCAUAGGAGGCAACUCUUUUCUCUAUGGUGCUGUUUCUCUAGAUUAUCCCACACAGUUGUUAACUUUGUAUGCUGGUGCUCAUCCAUCCAGACUUGAACCUUCUUGGGAGGAUAUGAGUCUGUGGUAUCAAGUACAAAGGCAAACAAAGGUACUAAACAUAUUGAAACAGCAAGGAAUUUCAAGCAAAUAUUUGCCUGAAAUAAUUGCCUCUGGCCGACUUCUGCAUUCUGGUCCUUGCAAAAAGCAGAGUCCAAGUGGACGAUGUGAUCAUCCUUGGUGCGGAACCCCAGUUCUUGUCACAUAUCCAGUUGGGGAGCCACUUUCAUAUGUAGUUGCUAAAGAUGGCCCAUUUUCAUCUGAUGAUGCAUUACGCUGCUGCCGAGACUGCCUAGCCGGUCUAAGAAGUGCAGCGGCAGCCAAUGUCCAGCAUGGUGAUAUUUCCCCUGAAAACAUAAUUCGUGUUUUGGACACACAAGGUAUGAGAAACAAAGUUUUGUACAUCCCAAUUUCAUGGGGCCGUGCAGUUUUGGAAGACAAGGACAGCCCAGCAAUAAAUUUGCAGUUCUCGUCUUCUCAUGCACUUCAGCAUGGGAAACUCUGUCCUGCAUCCGAUGCUGAGAGCCUUGUCUAUCUCCUUUUUUCUGUUUGUGGGGGAACAAUGCAGCAACAGGAUUCUAUUGAAUCUGCUUUGCAAUGGAGGGAGAAAAGCUGGGCAACGCGAUCGAUUCAGCAGCAGCUAGGUGAACUUUCACCUUUACUAAAGGCAUUUGCUGAUUAUGUGGAUAGCCUUUGCGGAACACCAUACCCAGUUGAUUAUGAUAUUUGGUUGAAAAGGCUUAACAAAGCUGUGGACGGAUCUGUGUCAGCUGAUAGAGGUAAAAUGAUUGAAGUUCUGCCAUAAACGUUGAGAUAGGAAGAUGUGGCCGAGUCUUGAGGGACCUCUGGAGGUAGUGAUUAAUUUUCAUGAUGGAGUACCAAGUUUUAAAACAACUUUUUUGUUUUCGUAACAAUCCGUUGUUGAGAUUCAAUUGUUUUAAUUGUUCAACCUCUAGGAUUGUAGGUUCUGAAGUCUCAGGUCUUGCCUUUCUAUAUGCUGUGAUUUUUGCAAGUUGAGCUUCAUUCUAACGUGCUCUAGCGGUGGUUGCGUUUAUGAAAAAUGGAUGCCAUGUAAAUGAGACUACUUGUCGAGUCACUGCCCGAACAAGCGAUUGCAGUGUAAAAUGUCACUUUGGCAAAAGGUAAA